GCUGCAUGCAGGGUAUGAUUUCAUAUCUUCCUGAGCUGACCCCUCACCUUAUUCAGUGCCUUUCCAACAAAAAGGCUCUUGUGCGCUCCAUUACAUGCUGGACUCUUAGUCGCUAUGCACACUGUCAACCCCCAGACACAUACUUGAAGCCAUUAAUGACUGAGUUGCUAAAGCGUAUCCUGGAUAGCAACAAGAGAGUACAAGAAGCUGCCUGCAGUGCCUUUGCUACUCUAGAAGAAGAGGCUUGUACAGAGCUUGUUCCUUAUCUUGCAUAUAUACUUGAUACUUUGGUCUUCGCAUUUAGUAAAUACCAGCAUAAAAACCUGCUGAUUCUUUAUGAUGCUAUAGGAACUCUAGCAGAUUCUGUAGGACAUCAUCUAAAUAAACCAGAAUAUAUUCAGAUGCUAAUGACUCCGUUAAUCCAGAAGUGGAAUAUGUUGAAGGAUGAAGAUAAAGAUCUCUUCCCUUUGCUAGAGUGCCUGUCAUCAGUUGCUACUGCCUUGCAAUCUGGCUUUCUUCCAUAUUGUGAACCUGUGUACCAGCGUUGUGUAAAUCUGGUGCAGAAGACCCUUGCUCAAGCUGUGUUGCACAAUGCUCAGCCAGACCAAUAUGAGGCUCCAGAUAAAGACUUCAUGAUUGUGGCUCUUGAUUUACUCAGUGGUUUAGCUGAAGGACUUGGAGGCAACAUUGAACAGUUAGUGGCUUGCAGCAAUAUCCUGACACUAAUGUACCAAUGCAUGCAGGAUAAAAUGCCUGAGGUACGGCAGAGUUCUUUUGCAUUGUUAGGUGAUCUGACAAGGGCAUGUUUUCAGCAUGUUAAGCCUUGCAUUGCUGACUUCAUGCCCAUUUUGGGAACCAACCUAAAUCCUGAAUUCAUUUCUGUGUGUAACAAUGCCACUUGGGCAAUUGGAGAAAUCUCCAUCCAGAUGGGUAUAGAGAUGCAGCCUUAUAUUCCAAUGGUGUUGCACCAGCUUGUAGAAAUAAUUAACAGACCCAGCACACCAAAGACAUUGUUAGAGAACACAGCAAUAACAAUGGGCCGUCUUGGUUACGUUUGUCCUCAAGAGGUGGCCCCCGUGCUACAGCAGUUUAUAAGACCCUGGUGUACGUCUCUGCGAAACAUAAGGGACAACGAGGAAAAGGAUUCUGCGUUCCGUGGGAUAUGUACAAUGAUCUCAGUCAACCCCAGUGGAGUAGUCCAAGACUUUAUUUUUUUUUGUGAUGCUGUUGCAUCAUGGAUUAACCCAAAAGAUGACCUCCGAGACAUGUUCUGUAAGAUUCUUCACGGAUUUAAAAAUCAAGUUGAGGAUGAGAAUUGGAGGCAUUUCUCUGACCAAUUUCCUCUUCCCUUAAAAGAGCGCCUUGCAGUUUACUAUGGAGUUUAACCUCGUGCACUGUACCUGCAGUCCCAUAAUUAAAGGUCCUUCAGUCUGGGAGUCUAUGAGGGAGUCUCUGCACCCAGGGAAAUAUUACCCUUUACUGGGGGGAAGGGUAAACCAGUAGGGAAUACAGUACAAUCCCAACUGUACUGGAAGGGGUGGGAGGGAAGUUGCUGUCACUGUAUUAAGUCAAUGUUGGGAAAUGUUUAAACAUCUGGAGCCUUUGUAGGUUGAAAUCUAUCUCCUAUUACAACUCUGCAAUGGACGUGAAGAAGAAGGAAAAAAAUAUUCACAAAACAGCACUUCCUGGAAUAUUGUGGGGAAUUGUACCAAAACAAGAAACACAUAAUUGAACUAUAGGGAUAUGUGAAGAGGAAAACUAUUUUGCACAUAAUAAAGGAAACCUAAGAAUGGGGGAUCACAAACAGUAAAAGGCUUUUUUUUUUCUUU